GCGGGCUGCUGUCUGGCGUCCGCGGCGCUGUCCUCCCUCCUCCACCGUUUCCGCCCCUCCCCUGGCGGUCGCGCUGCCUGGGAGCCGGGGAAGCCGCUGCUCGGAGCCCGCAGCCGGGGUGCUCGGGCCAGCACCGAGGCGGCGGCGGGGCGGGAGAUCGGAGACCAUAGCCCCGGGGGGAGAGGUGGAGGGGGCUUCUGGCCUGGGCGGUCGGAGCUGAGCGUGUGUUUGCGCGCAAGAGUGGGAGCUGCACUGUGCACGGAGCGGACCCGGCCAGCCCCAGCCCAAGUCGCCGCAACCCGGGAGCCUCCCCGCCUGCGCCCAAGGCACGCGCGGCACAGCCAUGAACACCAACGAUGCCAAGGAGUAUUUGGCCCGAAGGGAAAUCCCUCAGCUUUUCGAGAGCCUUUUGAAUGGACUGAUGUGUUCUAAGCCUGAAGACCCAGUAGAGUACUUGGAAAGUUGUUUACAGAAAGUGAAGGAACUAGGUGGCUGUGACAAGGUGAAAUGGGAUACAUUUGUCAGCCAGGAAAAGAAGACCUUGCCUCCACUCAAUGGAGGACAGUCACGGAGAUCCUUUCUGAGAAAUGAAAGUGAUACAGACCUCUCCGAGACUGCAGAGUUAAUUGAGGAAUAUGAGGUUUUUGAUCCUAGUAGACCUCGGCCAAAAAUCAUUCUUGUCAUAGGUGGUCCAGGAAGUGGAAAGGGUACUCAAAGUUUGAAAAUCGCAGAACGUUAUGGAUUCCAAUACAUUUCAGUGGGAGAAUUAUUGAGAAAGAAGAUCCACAGUACCAGCAGCAAUAGGAAAUGGAGUCUUAUUGCCAAAAUAAUUACAACUGGAGAAUUGGCUCCACAGGAAACAACAAUUACAGAGAUAAAACAGAAAUUGAUGCAAAUACCUGAUGAAGAGGGCAUUGUUAUUGAUGGCUUUCCAAGAGAUGUUGCCCAGGCUCUAUCUUUUGAGGACCAAAUCUGUACUCCCGAUUUGGUGGUGUUCCUGGCUUGCGCCAAUCAGAGGCUCAAAGAAAGAUUACUGAAGCGUGCAGAGCAACAGGGGCGCCCUGAUGACAAUCUGAAAGCCACCCAGAGGAGACUAAUGAACUUCAAACAGAAUGCUGCUCCACUGGUUAAAUACUUCCAAGAAAGAGGGCUCAUCAUGACCUUUGAUGCCGACCGAAACGAGGAUGAGGUGUUCUAUGACAUCAGUGUGGCAGUUGACAGCAAGCUAUUUCCAAACAAAGAGGCUGCGGCAGGCUCAAGUGACCUUGAUCCUUCAAUGAUGUUGGGCCCUGGAGAGAUUAUUGAUACAGGAUCUGAUUAUGAAGAUCAGGGUGAUGACCAGUUAAAUAUAUUUGGAGAGGACGCCAUGGGAGGUGUCAUGGAAGAUUUGAGGAAGUGUAAAAUUAUUUUCAUAAUUGGUGGCCCUGGCUCUGGCAAAGGCACACAGUGUGAAAAGCUGGUGGGAAAAUAUGGACUUACACAUCUCUCAACUGGUGAGCUCCUGCGUAAUGAGCUGUCAUCGGAAUCUGAAAGAAGCAAAUUGAUCAGAGACAUCAUGGAACGAGGAGACGUGGUGCCGUCAAGCAUCAUUCUGGAGCUCCUGAAGGAGGCCAUGGUGGCCAGCCUGGGCCACACCAAGGGCUUCCUGAUUGACGGCUAUCCUCGGGAAGUGAAGCAAGGGGAAGAGUUCAGACGUUGGAUUGGAGACCCGCACUUGGUGAUCUGUAUGGACUGUUCUGCAGACACCAUGACUGCCCGCCUCCUCCAGAGCAGUCCAGGCACAGACAACACGUCCACCAUCGCCAAGCGCCUUGAAACCUACUACCGAGCAUCCAUCCCGGUGAUCGCCUACUAUGAGACGAAGACACAGCUACGUAAGGUAAAUGCAGAGGGGACACCAGAGGAAGUUUUUCUUCAACUCUGCACAGCUAUUGACUCUCUUUUCUGAAGGCAAAAUGGCACGUAUGUUGCGAGUGAAGACAGAGAAAAAUAUGAAAAGGUUCAUACCUUAACACAGUAUGUUUCAGGUUAAACUUUUUGUGUCCCCCCUCAAAUCCUGACAUUGCUGUUUGCUUCCCAGCCUGACCUGAGAGGCGUCGGGAAAUCAUGCAUGGUGUAUUUGGUAUUAUCCAACCUCUUCGUCUUAAUUCAGACAGCUGUCUGGACUCCGCACGCAUCCUUUCCCAUCAGUAGGUUACGCCUCAGCGCUAAGUUAGUGUGUGGGCAGCGGUGCAGUACCAGUCCGUGGCAGCUGUGCCCUCAGGACUUGCUAGAGUCUGACCAUUCGGUCUACUCUCAUCAGAUGGGGGUUAGCGUGCCUAACUCGCCUUUCUCUCCCCAAGAUCUUAUCUACAUGCUGCUUCCUGAUGAAAGCCUUUAAUAUGGGGGCCAAGCCUGGGCAUCUUCCUCUAGUAACGGUCUCUUUGUUUGCUCAAGUCUUAUCCACUUGUAGCUCAGAGCCAGAGAGAUUAGCUUGACAAGGCCAACUAUUGCUAAGAAAUCUGAUUAAAUUUGGUAAUUUGAUAAGAAAAAAAUGUGCAAUUAUAUAGCUUUUCCAAGACAGCAAAACCCAGAUAGUUACCAAUAACAUUUCUCUAUUCAUUUUGAAUGAAACUGGUUAGUUUGGAAUACUGUCAUAAUGGCUAAGAGAACAAACUGGAGAAUAUUGUCUACCCUCGUCACUUCUGUACCUGGUGGUGUAUUUUGGCAAUUUUACAUUAAUACCAAUGACGAAAUGUAAUUUAAAAGCAUGAGGUGAUUUAUUAUUGCAUCCACUGGACUAAUGUCAACUUACACUUUUGAUUUUAAAUGAUCACCAAUUUACUUAAUACUGUUGCCAAGCAAAAAAAAAAAAAAAAAUACACUAACAGUAACAAAACUGAUGUGGACGUGAGAGGGGCAUGUCAGCGCACAAUGUUGAACAGAUCCCAAUGCUGUAUUUGUUUCACAUGAGCCUUUUUCAGGGCUUUGCAGACCUUAUCUUCCCCAAAUGUAAAACUGUUUCUUCGCAUCAAGCCAGUGAAGUUUGGGUUCUCUUUUGUGCCGUCAGUUGCCAAAACCAGAGCUUCUUACAUAUUCUCCUGGAAUAACUGCAUCUUCUCCAUUCAGUCACUACAACAGACCAUAGUUCGUUUGCAUGAUUUUUUUUCCUUCAAUGGCUGUGCAGUGAAGAAUCCAUUUCUGGGACGAAAUUGUAUUUUUAAAGACUUUUUUUUUCUUGAAAUGGCUAUGUACGAAUAAAGUAAAUGGAACACAUGAUAACUCUUUUUCUAUUUAUUUGUAACUCACAUCAUUCUGGAAAGCAUUUGAAGCCUUAUUCCAAACAGAAUUAAAAGCAAACACAGUAAUAGUUGAGAUUUAUGAUAUGCUCAUAUGGUUUUAAUUUUGGCCAUAGAUCAGUUUGAAGCUAGUACAGAGAGAACUCUCAGUGUAUUCAUGAUACAUGGUAAUUUUCAUAUUUCCUUGUUAGCCAGUCUUGAACAGAAAUGUCAGUGUUUGCUAAAGAAAUUAAAUUUCUUUGGUUACAAUUAUGCCUCUAUUAACAAAAAGGGGCAUGUUCCUACAACUCCACACAGUUGUCAAAUACUUUAUUACUACCCCAAGUUGUCACCCGCUUUAUAGGGGAGCACAAGGAGUAUUUGAGCAAAUUAGAAAAAAAAAAAGUUACAGGAUGAAAACGACCAGUUGUGCCAGAAAACAUAAAAUGACUUCUUUAAACACAUACCACAUGUUGGCAAACACAGUCCAUCCCCACCAGCUUUGACAAGCGUGGGUGAGGGACAUGGGACAGCAGGGCAGCAAACUGUAGUUGCCUGCUCUUUUGAAAGAAAUCAGCCAAGGUAAAUGGCUUUGCCCCUACAGAGUAUGUAGAGGUGCAAAUCAAGUCUUCUACAGAACUGCUAAAACACAUUCCUGAUUUGAAUGGCAUGAAAGGACAUCACUUUAAAGUCACAGGAUUUUAAAGCAGGAAGGGACCUUAGAGGUCUCUGCCCAGCAUUAGACCCUGUGUGUAUGUAGAAGACAUCAGAACAUGAUCCAAACUGCUUGACAAUGGCCUCCAUUCGAGGCCUCACCUGUCUGGCCCUGGACCCUCUCGCCCCGUCAAUGACCACUGUCCUUUUGCUCCUCUAGCUCAAGCCACACUGGCCUCUUCACGAUGCCUGAACAAGCCAGCUCUUGUUUGCAUCGGGGUCCCGUUGUUGCUAUCCUUCCACCUCUUCCCCCCCACAUUAUGCAUCCGCAAGCCUAAUUCCCUCACUCCAUUCAGGUCUGUGUUCGUCUUUACCCUGGUCCUUGAGGUGUUUGAUUAUUCCAUCUAAAAUGACAGAACGGUCCCCAUCCUCCCAUCAUUUCUCUUCAAGCAUUAUUUUUUUUCACAGCAUUGAUCUCUGCCUAAAAUUACAUGUUUUUCAUUGACAUGUUUCUUGCUGGUCUUCUGCAUUAGACGGUAAGCUCCAUAAGGGCAAGGCUUUGUAGCCUCAGUCCCACACUUAGUAGUUAUUGAAAGGCUGACAUUUAAAUCCUCUGAACCUUAGUUUCCUCCUAUAAACAGUACACAGUUGGAGGUCAUGACAGCAACCUCACAGAGGUGCUGUGAGGACGAACAAGUUGAAUACAUGGAAAUCAGUUACUAGAUCCCAGUGCUCAACGAAAGGGGGCUCUCUGUCAAAAUGUACUGAGCGCUUCACUUCCACAAUUGGGACUACGACCCAGAAUCUCCACUCUAGUGCACUUUCCGUUACAUGAGUCUAAAAAUAUGGCUGAGAAUCAAGAUACAAGGCCUAUCUGGGGUCCCAGAGAGAACCAAAACCUUCUCAGCCACCCACGGCUGAGCCACAUCCUCCAGAUCCAGAUAAGACAGGAUGCAAUUCCUCUGCCCCUUCCGGGUCCCACAGACACACAGGUACAGGUGUCUCUUACCUUCCUAGAGAAAAAACGUAACUCACCAAAGCAUCGGUCAUACGACAAAAAAAAAUUUAUUGAGAAUCUACUAAGAAUCAGGCCCUAGGGAUACAGGCAGACAUGGACGGUGUCUGUCCCAUGGAGCUAAAGUGACACCACUCUCAAAAAUCCACUUAAUCAAGUACAUGAACUAUGAAAAAAAACAAAGUAAUGUUUUUGUUUUUUGUUUUCUUCUGAGAUCAUUAAACAGAAGCACACUUAUCAUCCAGGUAAGAAAUAAAAACAAACACUUUACAGCCUAAAAAAGACAAUGCCUCCAUAAACUUGUAGAAAAACCCACUUGUUAUCUAUAUGGAGACUUCCGAUCCCAUCCAAUGCACCUAGAACAAUGGCCUUCAAAUUUUGUUAUCCGCAGUAAAAAAUACAGUUUAUAUGGCAUGCCAUAUUAUAUUUAUAACUAAAAAAGACAUUUCACAAAACAUUUACCCUUACUACAUGUGAUGUACUAUUUUCUCUAUUUCUUUGUUUCCUAAUGUUCCUCAUACCACAGUAAAUCGUUCUGUUCUGCAAUUUAAACAAAGGGAAAGGGGAGAGAAAUGGGCAAGGCAGACUCUUGGGUUAUGUGAGAGGCACCAAACCUGUGGAAACAAAGCCGGCCUGAGGCAGGAGACAGAAGCCUCAGUCCCAGCUUUGCCUAAGACGCAUAAUCACAUGCUUGCUGUCAAAUUAGAACAUGCACAUGAUGUGUGUGCCCUUCUAAUUCAUCAUGGCAGACCAUUUCAGUGCUUCCCCCCAGCCACAGAUCUGCGUCUGCAUCUUGUGCUAUGAACCUGGAUCUGUGCUCAGGUUGGUACUCUAGGAACCACACUACACAAGGAAAAUAGACUGAAAAUCAACCCCUGCACACCUCCACCUCCACAACCUUAGUGAUGCCGGACACAAAAGGGAACGGGGAGUGAGGCAGACGCUGACUCUGCAGCAAUCUGUCUAGGUUAAAAUCCAAGCAACUCCAGUUUACUAACUGCAUGAUCUUGGGCAAGUUAUUGAACCUCUCUGGCUGGAUUUCCUCAGAUGAAAACAGGAUAAUAAAUGAACCUGCCUCCUAAGGCUGUGAGAAUUAAAUCCAUUACUAUAUGCUUGCUUGGCACACAGCAAGCACGGUAUCAGUGUUUGCUAUUAUUAUUAUCAUUACUGCACAUCACACAAAUUAAAACCUCCUCUGCUAAACCUGAAAGCAGUGGUUUUAGGUGUCAUUAAAAGUUCCUUCAGUUCUUAUCAAAGCACUUGAGCACAUUAUUUCAGGAAAUACUACCUCUGACCUACUGACUACUACUUAACAAGCAACGCUUUUGAACAAGUAGGUCCACCUCGGCUCUCACAGCCAAUACCUCUUUUUAGGAGAUGGGAGGCCUACUUGCGAAUGACAGCCCUGUCCACUCCUGCAGUCCUCAAAUUAAAACAACAAUGACAACACAUUACUACUAUUACUACCCGUUCGGGCCUUUUAUAGGUAUGAGGACUAUUAGCUUGGAGUGGAAAAAAUGCAAAAUAAACUCAUCUUUGCUGAAGCAGAAAAUAAUCCUCUUUGCCACUCAAAGUUCUCAAAAUAUUUGCCCUUGAAAAUACAUUUAAGUAGAUUUAUUUUUUACAUAACAACUGUAUAAUUCAUAGCCCUCUUCCAAAGCAUAAUUCAUACUUUAUGGGAUUUUUGAAUGGAUCAAAAUGGUUCUCCAAAACUAACGGGUAUUAUUUUUACACAAACGCAGGAAGUUACAGAAGUUACCAUCAAGUGCUACUACUGUCUUGCUACCAGUUGAAGGUAGAUCUUCUGGCAUAUUCACUUAACACUUAAUAUCAAAAUGCCCAGAAUUCUAAUGAUUUCUCUCUUCUUCCCCUUAGUAAUAAUUCCAGGGUGAGAAGUUAAGCUCAAGUCCAUUUCCUUUUCUUUCUAAUGCAAUAUAUUUUAUCAACAUCACAGUAACCUUUAAUUAAUAUAUUAUGUUAAAAUUCUCAUAUUUCUAUAUUUAAAAUUAUAUUACUUUUCUCAAUUAAAAAUAUUCAGGGUUUGAUUUUAGUAACCUACAAUGGAUUAAAGAGGACUAGUAAAUAAUGUUCCCUUGAUUCAAAAUUAGAAAAAAGCAGGUGACUCUAAAUAUUGGGUCAGUAAAAUACUUAAUAUAUUUAUAUUCUUUUCCAAUAGUCAGUAAUAAUUUCCAGGGAAUACAGUAAUUUUCAAAAUCCACCUAUUUAAAUUAAAUACGUGAAGGGUUUAUUUUCAUUAAAAAGAAUGAAUAAAAUUUUCAAUCUAAGUUUAGUUUUCACGUCUGGACAUAACUGUCUUGUUCUUUAACCAUGGUAUGUGUUCUUUUUUAUAACCCAGUUUAAUUUAGCAUUUCAACACAUACUGAAUGAAAAUAUUACCAUCUUUAUGUAACUUUACUAACAACGGUCACCCCAAUAAACUUGAAUUAAAAAAAAAAGAAAACAUUACCAUCUUUUACAGAAUUUCGCAAAUUCACCCUCUUUUCCAUAAUAUAGUAUUACUCUUCUUAAAAGACAGAUAAAACAAAUCCUUAAAAAAAAAAAAAAAAAAAAAUUGGGGUUUUAACACUAGUAAAAAAAAAAAAAA